GUCGAAUUAUUUACUUCCCGUAGAGCUGGCGCUUUUAAAGCUAAUUUGCAGCUCAGGCACGUGCACUAUAACUCCACUGUCAGGAGCCUCCCUGGGCCGCGAUGGGGUCUGUACAUGCUUCACCUUCCGUGCGAGGUUGGCUAUUCAAUUGGAGACUGGCAUGCCAAAGACUGACUGCGGGCGAUAACUAUCUCGAGUCCUUGACCGAAGAGAGCGUGACGGUUGUUUAUGGCGAGAUUAACAGCGUCUCCGAAAGGGGUCACAUUUUCGACAACAGCAAUGAGUACGCCGUUGAUGUACUCAUUUGCGCCACUGGUUCUGACACGCCUUCAGGCCUUGACUCCCUCUGAUCAGGCCUACCGGCAAGGAUCUCCAGGACGACUAGGCAACCAAACCAAAGUCCUAUUUCGGUAUCGGUGCUUCUGAGUUCCCCAAUUAUAUCAUUUUCCUUGGGCCUAACUCGCCCAUUGGCAACGGACCCCUUCUACCCGCCGUCGAGGGUUAGGCCGUUUACAUGAUAAUUAAAGGUUAUCGAGUGUUAUCAGACGCACAACAUUACUACCUUCGCCCGACGCCGAGAAGCGGUUGAAGACUUCAUCGCCUUCAAAGACAACUUUAUGGCCGACACUGUCUGGUCUGACCCGUGCUGGUCGUGGUACAAGAGCGCUGGACCAGAUGAACCUAUCACCGUGC